UUUACAUCAUAUGUUGCAUGAGGUCACUCAACUCCACUGUUAUGCCACGGGUUAGCCCCAACGUUUUCCAACCUUUCACUGGGUAUAUACAGCAAUAAAUGCUGGUGUGCUUAAAAUGGAAAAUGUUCCUUUGAAUGAGCCUCACUUUGUGCUGAAAUGAAAAGGAAGCAGAGUCUUGUGGUGGUAUUCCCGGAAAGUACAUCCUGUGGAAUUGCUCCCUUUUCUGAAGAAAGGGACUCGCCAUGAGGUAUUGAUACCUUGUUUUAAAACUCUGAGACAUAGGACCUAAAUGGCGCAGCAUGACUUUGCUCCAGCCUGGCUUAAUUUUCCAACUCCACCUUCAUCAACCAAGCAGUCCGUAAACGUUGAAAAGAAUCCUGAAACCUUUGUCCGACUAGAGAAUCGUUAUGAUGUGAAUCGCAGACGGCACAACUCCUCCGAUAACUUUGAUUCUGCUGGUGGACGUUCUGGUGGAGGGCACUUUGGUAGAAAAGAGAAGAAUGGUUGGCGAUCGCAUGGACGCAGCACAGAAACUGUCAAUCCACGCAGUGGCUACCAUGGAGGGAAUCCUCGACCCCGAAGUGGCACAUUUAAUGGACGAAAAGCCCCAGUGGUACAUGAGAAUAACAUAACUGAGGAAGAGAAUGGAAAAAAGGACGAAAAGGAGGAGCCUAAGCAGUUUGAAGCAGAGGAUUUUCCAUCACUUAAUCCCGAGUCCAAAAAAGAACUUAGCCAGAGCAAAUCUAUUGCAGGAGUGUGGGAAAAUCCUCCAAAUCCAAAAUCUAGAACAUCCAAAAUGCUGGUCAUUAAGAAAGUACUCAAAGAAGAACCUAUACUAUCUGGAUACCCUCUGACAGGGGCAUCUCACACCCACCCCAUGAAGAAUGGAACAGGCAGUGUAUAUAAGGGAUUGGUUCCCAAGCCCACUGCUCCAUCAGGAAAGCCUGCUCAAUGGAAAGGUUCAGCAAAGGAAAACAAACAUGGGACACCAUUUGUUAGCUUCAACGCCCUUCUAAAACCGGCACCUCAGAACUUCACUUCAUCACCAAACUCUUUAAAGGAGAGUAGUCGUUCAAAUUCCUCAUCGCCAAUUGAUAUAGCAAGUCAGCCUCGUAUGAUGAAACUGACACGUAUGCGUUCGGAUAAGAAGAGCGAGUUUCUGAAGACUUUGAAACAGGACAGACCCGGUGAAGAGUAUCAUGAUGAUGGAGACCACAUAGACAAAGAAAAGGAUUAUGAAAUGUUUAACCUGCAAAAUGACAAGAAUAUUCAUCAAGAGAGGGAUGAGAACCGAAAUUUUGAUAAAAAUGGUGACCUAAGGGAGAAUGGAAAUGCUCGAGUAGUAUCCCAGCCAACCUUUCGUCAAUCAGCAUUCCCCCAUGCCAAUAUUUUAUCAAGUUCGCUGGAAGCUGAACAUAGGCUGCUGAAAGAGAUGGGUUGGCAGGAAGAUAGUGAAAAUGAUGAAACCUGCGCUCCAUUAACAGAGGAUGAGAUGAGGGAAUUCCAGGCCAUCAGUGAACAGCUGCAGAAAAAUGGUCUUCGAAAAAACGGUCUUUUGAAAAACGGCCUAAGUUACAACUUGAGGUUUAGUACAUGGAAGAACACUUAUAAACCCACUGUUGUUAAUGAUGACACUGAGACGAGCAGCAGUGAUACAUCUGACGAUGAUGAUGUGUGAGAGCUUAAAGAAAGACAGAAAAUUAUUUCGAUAUAAUAAUUCUCAAUGUGGGAAAACUGCCAAAACAUAAACAGGAUUGAAAGCAGUACAGUAUCCCACCAGAAGAAAUUUGAGAGGACUUCUUUAUUCAAGAAAACAGACUGUUGAACUUGGCCUAAUUUGAACUUUGCUUUUAUGCUUUGUAAUGGCCUUUUGUAGUAAUGAGGAUUUCAGUUGGAUUUGGCAUUGAUCUGCUUCAUCACUGCUGAUCAGAGGAAACAUUACUACAAUGUGAAAAAAUUUAUUGAUCAUGGGAUAAUUCACAGAUCUAAUAAACCGAAUUGAAGUUCAAA